AGAGAUCUUCGAUCUGUUUGACAAGGACCACAAUGGGCACAUAACCACAGAUGAGCUAGGCGAUGUGCUGCGAGGAUUGAACAUUGAUCCCACACAACAGGAACUCAAAGAAGCCAUGAAGGAGCUGGAUAAAGAUGGCAAUGGUGUUAUCGAAUUUCAUGACUUCAAAGCAUACAUGUCGAAAAAGCAACAACAGAGUUACCAGGACAGGACAGAGGAAAUGAUGGAAGCAUUCAGAGUAUUUGACAAAAACAAUGACAAGUUUAUAGACGCCCGUGAACUGGUAUAUGUCAUGACACGUAUCGGCGACACACUGACUAAACAAGAAGCCGAGGAAAUGAUCAAAGUGGCUGAUGUCAAUGAGGAUGGGAAAAUCGAUUAUCUAGGUAAGAAUAAAUAG